AUGGGACUAAGAACAAAACCAAAUUCUGCUCUAAAGGCGUCGAAGACAUUGUUUGUUUUACCUUGUCUGUUUACAUUUCUUUUAGUGGGCAGUCAAGGCGAGAAUACUGCUAUGGACAAUGUUGCUACUGAGAGGAGGGCUGAGGAAAGCCAUAGACAAGACAGUGCCAACCUUCUUAUAUUCAUAAUGCUCUUAACUCUCACUAUUUUAACCAUUUGGCUGUUUAAACACCGUCGCUUCAGGUUUCUACACGAAACAGGACUGGCUAUGAUCUAUGGUGAGGACCGUCGUGAACUCUGUAGCUAGCUAUAGUAGCUUUCUAGCUAACGUUAGCUAUAUAAUUCAGAAUGACAACACUUGAGUGAACUACAUUCUCCAGUUCAUGCCACAGCGUUGCAAGAUGGCAAUGAAAUAGCAUGCCUUGACUUUCAUGCAUUAUGCCCAUAUUAACUUGUACUUGUUAUUUCUUGAUAAGAUGUAUUUGACACCUCUUUGCAUCUUGUAUGUUUGCAUGUCUGACUGACCUCUAUCUCUGUCCGCUCCUCAGGUCUGCUGGUGGGGGUGAUCCUUCGUUUUGGUGUUCAUGUGCCACGAAAUAUGAACAAUGUGACUAUGAACUGCAGUGUGAAUGCCAGCCCAGCAACUCUUCUGGUCAAUGUCAGCGGGCGCUUUUAUGAGUACACACUGAAGGGUGAAGUCAGCACUGUUAAGGGGCAUGACGUGCAGGAUGAUGAGAUGCUCAGGAAGGUACAUUACUCUUUCACUCACUCUCAACUUACACACAUAUUGCCAGCAGACUGGAUGGUCCUAGACCUGGACAGUAGUCUACUCUGAAAUGGUCUCCUUUCACUGUCUCCCAUCAUGACCACUGAUGGCUGAAAAGACUUGAUAGUCAUCAUAUUGCUUUUACCCAUCAAGUCUUUCCAGAUCAGUAAUGAAUGAAGAGGAGGAAAGGGAGCUAUUUAAUACUUUUUUGACAAAGCCUACAACCAUAAACAUGGGCUGGAUGUUGUCUGAUAAGCUUUGAGCUGCCUGCAGAGGAGUGAUUCGGCAAAGACAACCACUCACAGAAAAUAGGUGAUCAGAUGGUAGUGUAUAGAUUGUUGCAGUGUGGGUUUAUUAGUUAUCUAACUUUUCUUUAUUUUCUGUCAGGUGACCUUUGACCCUGAAGUGUUUUUCAACAUCUUGCUGCCUCCAAUCAUCUUCCAUGCUGGCUACAGCUUGAAGCGGGUAAGACACUUCAUGAUUUUACACCCUACACCUCCACUCUACACUACCAACAAUCAUAUACACUACCAUUCAUGGCUUGAAGACUGUGUGCCUGCACCAUAAUAAAGGAUUCUGUAUUAAUUCUGGUGUACUAAACUGGAAUACUAUUUUGUUGUCUCCCCUACACCUCCAUUGUGUUUCAGCGACAUUUCUUCAGGAACCUGGGGUCCAUCCUUGCCUAUGCUUUCAUGGGGACAGUCAUAUCAUCUUUUGUCAUUGGGUGAGCCCAUUUCUUUAAAACGGUCAAAAACGUGGUUCAGUGUUUCAACUAGGAUUUUUUUUUGCAGUGGUGGCAAAGUUGGCAUGGGGGGGGGGGCAUAUAAAUGGGUGUGGCCUAUGACAGUCUUUGAUGUUUUAAAGCUAAUUUCCUGCAAUUCUACACAUUUUGCCAUGAGGCAGAGGGAAAAUAUUACCAUUUUAAAGUAAAUUUCGUGCAAUUCUACACAUUUUGCCUUUGGUUAUGCUGUGUUCUUCUGCUAUCUGACUGACUCAAACAGUAUAACAAAAUCAAUAGGGGCCCCAUGCCAUGACUAUACCACAACUAUGCCACGACUAUGCCAUGAAUGCCAAUUCAGCUUUUACAGUGCCUUAUAGAAAGCAUUCACACCCUUGACGUGGAAUGAUGUUUAGCAAUUUUUUUAAAGUCUAUAAGGCACUAUAAAAGCUGAAUUGGCAUACAUGGCAUGCCAUGCCAAAAUAAAUUCAGGAGUAGAAAUGUGCUUAACAAGUCACAUAAUAAAUUGCAUGGACUCACUCUGUGUGCAAUAAUUGUGUUUUAACAUGAUUUUUGAAGGACUACCUCAUCUCUGUACCCCACACAAACAAUUAUCUGUAAGGUCCCUCAGUUGAGCAGUGAAUUUCAACCACAAAGACCAGGGAGGUUUUCCAAUGCCUCGCAAAGAAGGGCACGUAUUGGUAGAUGGGUAAAAAAAAAAAAAAAGAAGACAUUGAAUAGCCCUUUUGAGCAUGGUGAAGUUAUUAAUUACACUUUGGAUGUUGUAUCAAUACACCCAGUCACUACAAAGAUACAGGUGUUCUUUCUACCUCAGUUGGCGCUGCUAAAUGAAUAUAGGGGAAACACUGUGGUUAUUUUGGAGUGGUUUCAGCUUUGUGUUGUAGCACGGUGGUUCCCAACCUUUUUUGGUUACUGUACCAACAACAGAAUUUUGCUGUGCCCGGAAUACCCCUGAAGUACAUCCUCAUGUGCAUUUUACCAGUAGGCCUAUGGUCUCAUGAGUCUUCUCAAGUACCCCCUGUCAAUUGUCCCUGGACCCCUGGUUGGGAACCACUGAAGGAGACAUACAUUUGUGGGUGAUUUGUCAUAAACUAAAAGAUUCAAACCUGUUGGAAUUAUGAACUAAUCACGGUCUUGAGUGAAACAUUAUGGAGUCUUAAAGGAGGCCUGGGUCAUAAAUAUGUAAACUUUGAUCAAUUAUUUCUCAAUUAUGCUUUUAGAUACCUAUUUCUACAAAGGACCCUUCUAUGGAUCAAAUUUCGUGAAAUUCCUCCUAAUCAUGGUCUUUUUUUGUUCUGCUUUCGUGAUUAAUCACUCUCUUUUCUCUUACAGGCUGGUUAUGUAUGGCUGUGUGACAUUAAUGAAGGCGGUUGGGCAGUUGGGAGGGGACUUUUUCUUUACUGACUGCCUCUUUUUUGGUGCCAUUGUCUCAGCCACAGACCCAGGUAAUCAUCCCCGCCCUGACUAGCAUAGCCUAUACCAGGGCUAUUCAACUCUUACCCUACGAGGUCCGGAGCCUGAUGGUUUUCUGUUCUACCUGAUAAUUAAUUACGCCCACCUGGUGUCCCGGGUCUAAAUCAGUGCCUGAUUAAGACGUCCACAUGCUUCCCAUCCGAAUCAGUUCGGAACAGUUCGUGCAUAUAUUAUGACAGCAUUUUGUGACGUUUUUGGUCUUCGGCAAGGGUUUUUUCGGCUGUUCAUGCGCACAAUCUUUUUCUCUCGAGGUAAGCCGAAGUUGGUAGCCGAAGUGAUUGGUCAACAGUAGGAAUUCUUCAAUUAAGUGUUUGUUGUCAUUCAAUAAGAGACAACUCAUCGUCAUGCACAUUAUUUCACUUGAGAAUUACUGCACCAGACAUCUGUUAUAUGUAAAAUUGCGCGACUAAGAUCUUCUUGGCAAAAACGUCAGACUUUUGAGGAAGUGUAUACUGGCUACGGCGUCUCAAGAUGGACAAACAGUACUAUUGCCACUUUUUCAAAAUGUUCAAGCGAAGAUCUUUUUAAGGGAGUAUGCGAGCAAACGCGUUCAGUUCACCUAGCCGAAUCGAAGCAUGCUGAAGCCUUUAUAGGGGAACAAUGAAAAAAAAGCAGUGGAACUGGCUUCGAAGUCUAGAGUUGAGUUUGAGGGGCCAAUUCUGUACACAGUGCUAUAAUAUGCUUUAGCUGUCAACUCCAUUUAACAGUUUUAUGAACUACUUUAGCCUUUGUCUUGGCUAUUUUAAGCAUUCGGGUUAGCCUUCAUUGCUUUUAAGCAUUCGGGUUAGCCUUCAUUGCAAUCAUAUGGAGUGUAAGUAUGUGACGUUCCUGCUGUUGCUCCCACAGUGACAGUACUUGCCAUAUUCAACGAGCUGAAGGUGGAUGUGGACCUGUACGCCCUGAUGUUUGGAGAGAGUGUACUCAACGACGCUGUGGCCAUAGUCCUGUCUUCGUAAGUCUCCGUCCUUUUCAACAUGUCAAUGAGCACCACACACAGUAACAUCACAUCGAGCACCUCUCCUCAUCUUCUUGUCUAUGUUGUCCAAUCCUGUCACUUUCAUUGGUGUUUGGAGAUGUGUUGACUUUGUGCAGACACUAACCCCACCCACUCACAUUUUACUGGGCACCUGUAUACAGAGUUCUUCUGCAUUACGAAAAGCAGAGCAGGCAGGCCCAGCAUGGCCAUGGAGAGACCACAGCAUUGGUAGAGGAACAGGGGAGCCCCCCUAGGUGGGCUAUGGUUAUAGUCUGCCUCACCCAGCUUUACUAUACCCCAUUCCUCCUGCUACUUUAGGUUACUGUAGGCUCAGCAAAUGACCAGCUAAUGAAAACAGGUCCUUGAGUAGGGCCUAAGUGGUUACAACAAUGGACUGUUCUUAUGUUGUGACCCCUACUGAAGACCUGCUCAGCACAGCAGAUGGCGUUGUUUUUGGUACCUUGUGUACUUAUUUAUAGUAAAUACCAGGGUUAAAAGUGGGCGUUGUGGAAAACAUAAUUCCUCUUGUAAGGGAGUAUGCGCUGGUGAUUUGCUGUUCGUGUAGAACGGGUGUAGCCUACGUGUUGGUUGAUUAUUUUUAAUUUUUUUCAGUGUGUAUAGUUCUCUAAACUUUCUCAGUUUUGCUCUUUUUUGCUGUGCAGGCUAUUUGCUGUCCUGGUCGUUUAGAGUGUGUGGAACCCAACUGCAGUCCUUGUGGGGUUUACAAUCAGCAUAUUUCUUAAUUAGCAUCUCAAUUAGCAAUUAAAUUAGCCUAUGCCAAGUCAGACCUUUUAAUCAAUCUGUUCUCACACCAUUAAAUGAUCAAGAGACCUGUGUGGAGUGGAGUUGGGUUCCUAUAGGUUGGGAUUUGUUUCACCAAUGAUAAUUUCCCCCUCAGUUUUGGAAGGAGAGGCUCUUAUAACUGUGUGGUAGGCAUAGCUGCUAGCUAUGUAGACAUGGUAAGCACCUCCCCAGACUUUUGUGCUGUAAAUACAAAAGAUGUGGGUUCGUUCCACGAAAUGAGUCCCUUUUGGGUAGUGUAACUUGGUGGAGAGAGAAAAAAAACUACUAUAGUAAGUGCCAAAUAAAGUAACAGGGUUGAUGAUUUCAUCUUACAUUGGCCAUAAAUCCCCUUGUUACAGGGGAAUGGAAGCUUGUUGUGUGCAUCAGGAGAAUGUAAGCUUCACAAUAUCUUUUUACAUUGAUAAUAAAAUGUCUUCCCUGUCUAUCUAUGGGUAACAAGGUUGACGUGUUAUGCUCGACCCACUCAGUUUUUCACCACAAAACACCAGAAAAUGUCGAAAAAUAUUAUUAACAGCUCACCUGCUUUUACACUAUGAUUUGACUAUUAAUUCAAUGUGUCACCAUAUUAAAACGAGAGUUCUAUUUUAAAUAGUCACUCAGUAUGGGUAACGCCUUCGUUGGGCUUGGUCAAUAAGGAACUCCUAUCACACAACGUCUAUCAUAGACAGACAGGAGCGACAGCCAAUAGUGGGGACCCCGCUCCUUUAUAAGGCGCUGUCGCUCCCUCACCUCACUUUUGUUCUUCCUUACGAGGUCGUAAUAGUUUUUCAUACUCUCCUCAGCAUCGACUCGGACUACUGCUUUCCUGCUAAACUGUUCAUAGGCGAAUCCGUGAGGUUUCGCUGCCGAGCGUAGGAAUUCCGCUACUUGUUGAGAGGAUGAACAUUUUACCGGAGUGUAAAACUUUCCUCUGGCGAGAUAGCUUCACAUGACUAGCUUUGCCCUUACCAGCCCACCUAGCUACCACUUUGUGCUUCUUAUUCCCAUUGAGGUGGAGGAAGGAAGAGAGUUGAGACUUUGCUAACUCUCGCUUCAGGCGAAGCUAACCCAGCUAGCUCACGAAGAAUGCAUCUUCUCUUCAGCUAGUAGUGUGCUAGCACCAGAGUGAUUAACCCUUGAAGGGGAACACUAGCUUUCUACGCCAGGACUAGCUAGCAACAACACAGCUAAGCGUCAGCGCACAUGACUAGAGCUAGCUCUCUCUCUCUACCUACAGGGUAGCAUUCUUCUCCCCACCUACUUACCAGUGCCCUCGCUGGCUAGGCUGACCGGUCCUACCUUUUGGUACUGCGGUCGUGGGUGAUUCUCUAGCCUAUAGAGCAACGCUCCACUUGGUGCUCUCAAGUUACUGCGUACCACCUACAACCAGACUUAUAGCCCCAGGCUUGUAGCUUACUCCAACAGAGUUAUGGCUACCUCUUCCCAGUGUGCUGCAAUAGCUAGACUACUAAUCCACUGGGUGAACGCUAUAUAGCUAACGACAAGACUAGCUAGCUACACGGCCAAGCGUCAAACAACACAUACAUAGCCCGGGUUUGCCAUACCGGACCUAUGGCUACCUCUACCCCUUCCACAGGGCAAGACCAGCGUCUUGCCCGUGUGGGUCUUUUUAUGUCAGGGAGGGACACAUUCCAUCUGUGUCGACUGCUGGAGCUCCCAACAAGUUGAAGCUAACCAGCUAGCUCACCAAUUUUCAGCCUGUAGAGCGACAUGAUGCUCUCCGGCUAACAAAGUGCAAACUAAAGCUAGGUGUUUAGCCCACUAGGCUACCACUAGCUAGCUGAACUGUACGACCCCAUGCUCAGGCUUUGAGUAGCCUACGUAUAACCCGGGUGACAGAACCAUCUCUCCCAGAGUUAUGGCUACAGUUUUUCCCCUGUGCUGGGCGACCUAGCAGCCAAGCACUGAAAUUCCUGGAAUUGCCUGCUAGCUACGGCUAAAACUGCACGGUACUACGGUCAAAAGAGGCUCUCCAGACUGAAUAGCAACACAGCUCUCCUCUGCAAACAUGGUGCUAGCUAUAGCCAGCACAGUAACCCACUGCAUUGGGUGAACACUGGCUAGCUAAUAUCAACUAUGAGAACCUCAUGGCUUAGCGUCAUCUAGCACACGCUUAACCUAGUUAACAUGCCUAGGCAGCCGUCAGUGACCCAGAGUCCCGCGUAGUAUUGUAUGGCGUUACUGAGAACCGAUCUGUGCUAACUCAAGCUAGGCUACCAGCCCUCCCGGCUAACGCCAACAGGCCAGCUAAAUACUGUCUUGUUAUUACUAACUUAACCCUCAUACAUAAUUUGUCUAGCACCCAGUUGCUUUGUACUUACUGUUUGAUCCGGUCGCCAUUCUAUGAUCCGGUCCACGGGUCGGCAUUAAGACAGUCUAGCUGAUGCUAGCUAAAGCUCUCCCCUCGGUAUCGCUUUAGGGUCAAGCGGAGGCUGGACGGGUAAAAUUCAGUCUCCACCAAGCACUGUUCCCACCCCGUACUUAUAGCACUUUGCCUCCAUAAAUAUAUAGCUUUUUACCCCCCGCAGAGCCUUGUGAUUUAUAUAGCAAGGGUAAACCCCUGAACCAGGGCAGACCUGGAGGUAAGCAGUCCUUCGCUGCAGUCACAGCAAAAUUCUGCCCUCCCAAGCCCCCUGGUGGCCAGGAUGACUAGAGAUCCUAGGACUCGAUCCCUAGCUUGUGAGAGGGGCAGCGUGCUCCUGUCUCCAGUUCAGCGUAGACAUCUCUCCUCACCCGGUGGUGGUGGUACUGGAGGAAUUUCUCUGUUUUGUUCUACCAAUCCACGAUACAGCAGCUCAUAUAUUGACCUCGCUAAAAACAGUGGUACAAUUGGGAGUUGGACUUCGCUCACCCGAGUGCCCUCCCACUUGAUUAUUUCAGCCAAUGGCGGAAGACAAUCUGUUCGCUCUCCCUCUGUGUCUGCUUAGGUCAGCCAGGAGUAGGACGACAGAACAUCAGUCGCCCUCAAGCGCUAUCCCCGUUCCUCUUCAUAAACCUUCUCUGUUGCAUCCAGGCACCUUGUCAUGGGCACAUAGCUCCUUAUUAGUGACUCGUCGCUACGCCACCAGAGGUCAUCCUUGUCUCAGGCAUACGAGAGCACCUACACACCCCGCUGACUAGCAAAGAUUUGCGUCAAUUCCACUCUAUCCUAGGAUAGGGUUUUGACUGCACUGGUGACCCGCAACCGUUUGGGCGCGUUUGCUCCCCACAUCUAGCAGACGAACUCCCAGACUGUUAGACGCAGCAGGUGCCCGUCUCGAUAGCCACAAUUGGACACUAUGCUUAGUGUUGUUCUCACAUCAGCGUCCCGGGCUCAUUUCCCUGCCCCGCCAUUCACUACAUGGGUACCAUAAUGGCUCGGUGGCUAUGGGACAAUCAGAACACAUUUUGCAUGUGCUUCCAAGGGUUAUGCCUCUAACAGAUCUUCCACUCUGCUCCCCUGCAUGUGCACUCUUGCUAUAACUGAUAUUAAUGUCUAGCCUCCCCACCGUGGGAGAGCCUAGCUGUCAUCAGACAGCUUAUUUUGGUGCAGGAGCGAUACAACGACGGUACACUCCCUCUAGUAAAGUUGCUUUAAGGAGAAAUUGCGUUCUACAUGCCUAAAUCUCCAGGCUUAUGGGCCCUGUCAGGCUCACUGUUAUACAGUAUAGAAGUUUUCAGCCACAGGCAGGCGUACUUCGCCUACACCCUGGAAGCUACCGUUACGCAGGGAUAUGCUGACCCCAGCGAACUGAGAAUUUCCAUCCCUGUCCGGAUAUGGUGGCUCUUUGGGCCUGGCCCGUGAAAGGAUGAAUCCUAAUGCGACAGGCCUACUGCCCCUUCCACACGUUCGCUGCUCUAUGACAAUAAGUGGCGUGUGUUUGAAAGAGGAAUCACCAACGCAGCAUUCCCUUUCUUUGCUCCGUUCCAGAGAUACUCUGCUUCUACAGGACGUUUUGGACAAGGGAAAAGCCUUUUCCACUAUAAAGGUGUAUUUGGCUGCCAUCUCCGCCUGCUGUAUGAAGGGCGCGCGUCGCCUACGCUCAGUACCCUAACAGCCAGUCCCAUCAUGGGAUCUUUCUGUUGUGCUUGAGGCCAUUUCACAGCCGCCGCUCGAAAGCGUGGAAAUUAGAUUUUUCAUUUAAUACCUCUUUCCUUAGUCAUUGCAUCCACAAAGCGAGUGAGUGAGCCGUACGCACUAUCAGUUUCACCACUCGUGCCUGUACCUUGCCCUGGGAUUAUCCAAGGUUACUUCAACCUAAACCCUUUUUUGUGCCUACCUCUGUUUUUCUCCAUGGAGGAACAGUGUUUCCACUGCUUGUGUCCUGUGCAUGUUUUGUGCUUCUACAUGGACAGGACGAGAGCCCCGUUUUUGGCACCUCCCCACGCAGGGAGACCCAUUUCUCGCCAAGUGUUUAUCCUUUGGAUAAGUGUAGAUUAUUAUAGGACAUUGGGUUGACCACCUCUGGAGGGCUUCAGAGCUUAUUCCACCAGAGGUGUGGUUGCGUCAUGAGCAUGGUUUAUGGAAUCUCUGUUCAAAGAGAUUUAUGCGACAUUUAGGGGUACUCCCCCUUAUUUCUCCAUAGGUUUUACCGAUCUUGGCGGCACAGGUGUGCUGGGAGUCGGGACCUCAGAGUUGAGUCUGUCUAGACUUCCUGGCUUCGGAGGGUAUAAGCGAGAUCUACGGGAGUUGUCGAUGUCCAAUACUGAGUGACCAAACUAUUAUUUGAAAUAAAACGUUAGGUCACUUAACGUAACCCCAGUUCUAUGAUAAUAUGAGUGAGGUCACUCGGCACGUUGCCCUUCACGCUCUUUUUAAGGAAGAAUGUAUACUUGUAAAAGUGAGGUGAGCGGGAGCGACAGCGCGACUGACAUUUUAACGUCUACACCAUUCUAACACAGAAAAUAUGCUUUUUAACAUAUUUUGAACAAAAAUAUAAACGCAACAAUUUCAAAGAUUUUACUGAGUUACAGUUCAUAACAGGAAAUCAGUCAAUUUAAAUAAAUUCAUUAGGCCCUCAUCUAUGGAUUUCACAUGACUAGGCAGGGGCGCAGCCAUGGUUGUGAGGCUGGUUGGACGUACUGCCAAAUUCUCUAAAGCGACAUUGGAGGCAGUUUAUGGUAGAGAAAUGAACAUUCAAUUAUCUGGCAACAGCUCUGCUGGACAUUCCUGCAGUCAGCAUGCCAAUUGCACGCUCCCUCAACUUGAGACAACUUGAGACAUUGUGUUGUGUGACAAAACUGCACAUUUUUUAGAGUGGCCUUUUAUUGUCUCCAGCACAAGGUGCACCUGUGUAAUGAUCAUGCUGUUUGAUCAGCUUCUUCUUGAUAUGCUACACCUGUCAGGUGGAUGGAUUAUCUUGGCAAAGGACAAAUGCUCACUAACAGGCAUGUAAACAAAUUUGUGCACAACAUUUUUGAGAAAUAAGCUUUUUGUGCGUAUGGAACAUUUCUGGGAUAUUUUAUUUCAGCUCAUGAAACAUGGGACCAACACUUUACAUGUUGAUUUUAUAUUUUUGUUUAGUAUACUUAAUUAUCUCUUUUUUUAUUUUUUUUAAACUAUUUCACUCAUAUUGUAAUUAAUUAUAGGUCAUAUUUAAUGGAAAUCUGGAAACACUGGACAGUUACUUUCAAAUGAAUCACUAAUCACAUGAAAUAAAUAAUACUUUUCUGAAAUGACUUUGUCAAAGCAACAAAAUAACUAGGGCUUUACCAUGACGGUGAAAAGUUGGGAGAAAUGUUUGGGUUAAGUGGGCUAAAAUCUUCCUAGAAGUCACAGAGGGACAUGUCAAAAUGCAGAAUCUUGGCACUUUAGAAAGUCUUGAUUCACAUUUAUGGAAUUUUCCAUGUGGUCUAUAUUAAAGGGCACUUCAUUUAUUAUAACAUUUAGAAUUCAAUAUUGGUGCACAAUUUCUACUUAAAAUAUAAAAGGGACACAAAGGGGACUUAUUUUGUGGAACGACCCAUGUACAGAUGUUGCAGGGAUACUAUAUCUUACUGAUUUCUUCACGUUUUCCCUUUACUUUUGCAUUGCAAACAUGUGAGUUGUUAGUAGUAGAGCCUCCUGACUCUUACACCUGUCUUUGGCUCCAUGUGUCUGCACUGGUUACAGCUCCAUAGGUGCCUACCAGCCAGCCGGGGACAACAGCCACACCUUCGACGCCACAGCCAUGAUCAAGUCUUUUGGUGUGUUCCUUGGGGUCUUCAGUGGAUCCUUCGCCCUCGGUGUGGCCACCGGCGUCAUGACUGCACUGAUAUCCUUUCGCCACCUUCGUGCCAGACGAUGGCAUUCAUUCAAAAGAAAAGCCUGUGAAUUUCAUAGAUUGAAAUUGAAAGUCUGCUAAUCUGCUUUAUCUAGGCAACUUGGGGUUUAAAGCAUUACAGCUUCUAUUCUCCAGAAGUAACGCGUUUGCUAUGUUAUGGUGUUAUCUCAUCCUGAAUGUUGGGAUGUUUCUGUGAUGGAUUGAAGUUCUCUGUCUGUUCCUUGACCUGUCGCUCCUCACGUCACCAAGUUCACCAAGCUGCGUGAUUUCCCCCUGCUGGAGACGGCCCUGUUCUUCCUCAUGUCCUGGAGCACUUUCCUGCUGGCUGAGGCCUGUGAAAUGACUGGUAACUAAUGCAGCGUUUACACAAACACGUACACACACGGUUUCAAGCUUACCUUUCAUAGGUGAGUCCCCAACACAUGCUGAUCUGUGUGGACUUCCUCGUUCAGGUGUGGUAGCCGUGUUGUUCUGUGGGAUGACCCAAGCUCACUACACUUUCAACAACCUUUCUCCUGACUCCCAGGACAGGACCAAACAGGUACUGGAACACAUACCAGUCUAUUUGUCUUAACCAUGCUGUUGGUUGUUGUUAGGCUAUGCCUGGCCUAACAUUUUAAUAUUAAAUACUUUGUUUUCGUUGAUAUUGUUUUUGUCUCUCGUCCCAAAGCUAUUUGAGCUCCUGAACUUCCUGGCGGAGAAUUUCAUAUUUUCCUAUAUGGGCCUGACGCUGUUCUCCUUCCAGUCCCAUGUGUUCAAUCCCUUGUUCAUCAUUGGAGCAUUUGUAUCCUUAAAAAGAGAGAGAGGGAGAGAGAGAGGUGUUUUUUCUUUUUUAUACAGCCAGUGUAAUGUCUUAAAUUAUAACUGGAUGUAGUUUUUCCCAUCCAGAAGCCACUUUCCUUUACUGCUGUCCCCUACCAGAUUGCAGUAUUCCUUGGCAGGGCAGCCAACAUCUACCCCCUCUCUUUCUUGCUCAAUUUGGGCCGUAAGAACAAAAUUGGGUCUAACUUCCAACAUGUUAUGAUGUUUGCAGGUAGGAGGCUGUCUAUAGUUGUCAUGUACUAGAAGGAGUUGAAUGAUUGAUGAUGUCUGUAGAUCAUGUUUGUUGUUGUUUGUGUAGUUUUCUCUGAAUUCACUGUCCUCUCUGAUAUCUGUUGAUCAGGCCUGCGGGGGGCUAUGACCUUUGCCCUCUCCAUCCGGGACACGGCCACGUAUGCCCGGCAGAUGAUGUUCUCCACCACCCUCCUGAUCGUCUUCUUCACUGUGUGGGUGUGUGGAGGCGGCACCACCCCAAUGCUCUCCUUCAUGAGCAUACAGUGAGUCUCACCUAGAUGUCACAACUUUCACCACUAGUUUGAUCAUCAUGCCUCGAUAUAGAUGGAUGGAUAAAUAGCUCUACUGUAUGUUCUUCUUACACAUUCUCAUCCUUGUGUUUGUGCUAGUGUGGGAGUGGACUCGGACCAAGACAGCUCAGUAAGUAACCAACCAUCUGAUUGUUCAUGAUUCUGAAAUUUGCUUCUAAAGGACAGCAGAAGUCAGUUUACAGGGUAGCAUUGUGUGGACAAAGGAAUACGAAUAGUGCACAAUUGGAGAUUGCUGUUGUACCGUUAUGGUAUUACAGAAGUCACAUGCUCUUAUGUGUCUUCUCAACACAUCACUUUUAUGUCUUUGAGCAGGUGACUGUUUCGGAUGGAACGCAACGUAGGAACACCAAACACGAGAGUGCCUGGCCUUUCAGAAUAUGGUACAAUUUCGACAAUACGUAUCCUUUAUUUGCAACAUGUCACACACCCAAAGCCUUUAGAAUGUGGUUGUGAGUCAUUAUAUGAAGCCAUAACAAUCCAGUCUUCAACUUGGACCAACCAUUGAGGAAACACUAUUCAAUGGUGAUUAUAUGCACAGUAUAGGGCAGUGCAGGAUGCAAUGUUAAACAUUAUAAACUGGGUUGGUCGAGCCCUGAAUGCUGAUUGGAUGACAGCCGUUGUAUAUACCACGGGUAUGACAAAACAUUUAUUUUUACUGCUCUAAUUACGUUGGUAACCAGUUUAUAAUACCAAUCAAUCAAUCAAUCAAAUGUAUUCAUAAAGCCCUUUUUUACAUCAAAUCAAAUUUUAUUUGUCACAUACACGUGUUUAGCAGAUGUUAUAGCGGGUGUAGCGAAAUGCUUGUGCUUCUAGCUCCGACAGUGCAGUAAUAUCUAACAAGUAAUAUCUAACAAUUUCACAACAUAUACCCAAUACACACAAAUCUAGUAAGGAAUGGAAUUUAAGAAUAUAUACAUAUAUGGACAAGCAAUGACAGAGCGGCAUGGACUAAGAUACAGUAGAAUAUUAUAGAAUAGUAUAGAAUACAGUAUAUGCAUAUGAGAUGAGUAGUGCAAGAUAUGUAAACAUUAUUAUCAGCAGAUGUCACAAAGUGCUAAACAGAAACUCAGCCUAAAACCCCAAACAGCAAGUGAUGCAGAUGUAGAAGCACAGUGGCUACGAAAAACUCCCUAGAAAGGCAGGAACCUAGGAAGAAACCUAGAGAGGAAACCAGGCUCUGAGGGGUGGCCAGUCCCCUUGUGGCUGUGCCGGGUGGAGAUUAUAACAGUACAUGGCCAUUAAGGGCAGAUUUUUCUCCAAGAUGUUCAAACGUUCAUAGAUAAGGCACCUCGGGGUUUGUGGUAUAUGGCCAAUAUACCACGGCUAAGGACUGUAUCCAGGCACUCCGCGUUGCGUCGUACGUUGGCCAUAUACCACACCCCCUCGGGCCUUAUUGCUUAAUUAUACACUAGAGGCCACUCCUAUGAAUUUCCUUUGCAAAGUGAAGGCAAGUCAGUUCAUGUGAGACACAUUCCUCAAUGAAAAUAUGACAAGGCACUAAAUGCCUUUAUAGAGGUUAUUCCUUUAUUAAUGAUGAUUGGGUUCAGACCACUAUAAUUAAGCAAUAAGGCCCAAGGUGGUGUUGUAUAUGGCCAAUAUACCACUGCUAAGGGCUGUUUGUAGUCACAACUCAACGCAGAGUGCCUGGAUACAGCCCUUAGCCGUGGGAUAGUGGCGAUAUACCACAAACACCCGAGGUGCCUUAUUGCUAUUAUAAACUGGUUACCAACUUCAUUAGAGCAGUACAAAUAAAUGUUUUGUCAUACCUGUGGUAUACGAUCUGAUAUAACACGGCUAUCAGCCAAUUAGCAUUCAGGGCUCGAACUACCCGGUUUAUAACAGUGUUUAGAGUCCCUUGAGGAUUAGAUCCCUUGACUGCAGCCUUCUCCAGCUACCUGAAACCCCUGUUGACUCACAGCGGCCCACCCCUCACAGCCACCCUGCCUGCCUGCUGUGGCCCCUUGGCACGCUGUCUCACCAGCACUCAGGCAUAUGAGGUGAGUGUUCUCACACACACACACACACACACACAGGUAAUGGUAGUGGUUCAUGAUUCCUUCUCUCUCUAGAAUGAAGGGCACCAGCACAAUGAUGACUCUGACGAACUGGUCCUGAAUGACGGCAAUGCAACCAUGUAUGGUGACGUCACAGUGAGCACCGAUGCCUCGGGCGCCCGCACCACCAACCAUAAACACCUGUCUGCCUCCACCAUGGGUGUGACCUCGGAGGAGGCCCUGGACCAGGAGCUGGCGUUUGGGGAGCAUGAACUGGUCAUCAGAGGAACACGUCUGGUCCUGCCCAUGGACGACCCCCUUGAACCCACUUUGACCCUGCCCCCUCCCCCCACCUCCCCUCCGCCUUUCUCCGAUCCCUUUUCAGAUCCCUUCUCCGAUCCCAGACGCAACAGACUCUAG